AUGCGGCGGGUACCGAAGCAGGCCAGCGCCUUCACAAAGUUCCGGCUGUUGAUGUGGAAGAACUUCCUACAACAAUGGAGACACAGAAUUCAAACAGCCUUGGAAAUACUACUUCCAGUUCUAACCAUGACAUUAGUGCUACUUCUCCGAUGGCAGAUAGAACCAGCAGAAAGAGAGACACUCACCUACCCGCCUAUAAGAGCACACACACUCAACUAUUCUGCACAAGUACUGUUCGGCAUGAAUUACACUAAACUAUCGAUUGCCUUCUCACCAUCUAGUCCUAUAUUAGAAGACGUAGUUAAAACUGCAGUCUCUAAUUUACUACUAUAUAACAUGGAAGAUUUAAUUGCUCACUUACCAGUGGAAAUAGAAUUACCACCUACCAUUGAAAUAAAUUCUACCGCUAUUAUUGACUGGAUAAAAUCUCGUAUAACUGUAGAAUCUUAUAAAAAUAGUCAUGAAACUAGAGGGAUUUAUAUAGAAGAAGAAAAUACGCGAAAGGUUAUAGCGGUCGUAGAGUUUGACGAUAAACUAUACGGCGCAGAGGCAUUGUCCAAUAAUUUGUCAUACUCACUAAGAUUCCCCGAGAGACCUCGUCUUAAUUCAUUAUUCCAAACUGGAGGUCGCACUUGGAGAACAGAUGCCGUUUUCCCUGUUUUCGAAACCCCUGGUCCCCGAUUUUCGAAAUCUUGGGAAGGUGGGAACGACCCAGGUUAUAUAAACGAAAUGUUCAUAGCACUACAACAAGUUAUUUCAACUGAAUUGAUAACAAGAUCAACAGGAGUAGACUUGAGUGAAUUCAGAGUGUACUUACAGAGGUACCCUCACCCACCGUACGUCAGGGACAUGGCACUUGACCUUCUGCAGUUUAUGUUCCCUAUGUUCAUCAUGUUAAGCUUCAGUUACACUGCAAUCAACAUUACAAGGGCGGUCACGGUAGAAAAGGAAUUGCAACUAAAGGAAACAAUGAAAAUUAUGGGUCUACCUACCUGGUUGCAUUGGACUGCAUGGACCUGUAAACAGUUUUUGUUUUUGUUAAUAUCCGCAAGUUUGACAGUGAUACUUUUAAAGAUAAAUUGGUUUACAAACGAAGACGGGUUCAGUGACUACGCAGUGUUUACUAACACGCCUUGGACAGUUCUGAUGUUUUUCAUGAUGCUGUACCUAACAUGCACGAUAUUUUUCUCUUUUAUGAUGAGCAGCUUUUUCUCCAGAGCUAGUACAGCAGCGUUGUGCACUGUAGUUGUCUGGUUCCUCACAUACAUCCCUGCCUUCCUCCUGGCAAUGGACAUCAACAUGUCUACCGCAGUUCAAGUCUUCACAUGCCUUAGUAUUAACUCUGCGAUGUCUUAUGGAUUCCAGCUUUUGCUUGCCAAGGAAAGUACUGGAGGCUUGCAGUGGGGCGAGUUUAUGGCGUCACCAGGGACGGACUCUGCUCGCUUCGUGUUUGGCCACGUGGUCAUCAUGCUUGUGGUGGAUUGUGUCAUCUAUAUGCUGGUUACCCUCUACCUCGAACAAGUGCUGCCUGGACCGUUUGGCACGCCCAAACGUUGGUACUUCCCGUUCCAGUUGCGGUUUUGGUUCCCCAAUUAUAAAUCAGGUUCGGUUUUGGUUUUGGAAAAUGAGAACAGUGACUUUGAAGACAUCAUAAAGGAAAAAGAACCUACUGACCACGACGUGGGUGUUAAAAUGCAUAAUUUAACAAAAAUCUUCGGAGCUAAUACGGCGGUCAACAACUUGUCUUUGAAUAUUUAUGACGAUCAAAUCACAGUACUACUUGGGCACAAUGGUGCUGGGAAAUCAACCACGAUAUCAAUGUUGACAGGCAAUUUGGAGGUAACCCGGGGUACUGUGACUGUUGCUGGAUAUGAUAUGACACACGAAGGUUCUUUGGCUCGUGCCCAUAUUGGCUUAUGUCCUCAACACAAUGUACUAUUUAAUGAACUCACUGUCAGAGAACAUUUGGAAUUCUUUGCCAGGUUGAAAGGAUUUCAUGGAGCUGAGCUCAAGUCUGAGAUUGAUACUCUUAUUGAAAAAUUGGAACUACAAGAGAAGCGAGACUAUCCUUCUAAUGGUUUGUCUGGAGGUCAAAAGCGACGCUUAUGUGUUGGAAUAGCUUUAAGUGGAGCGGCACGUGUGGUACUACUUGAUGAACCAACAUCAGGAAUGGAUCCUUCUUCUCGACGAGCACUUUGGGAACUUCUGCAGAAGGAAAAGAAAGGUCGUUCGAUGAUCUUGACCACACAUUUUAUGGACGAGGCUGAUAUUCUCGGUGACCGAGUGGCUAUAAUGGCGCAAGGUCGCUUGCAGUGUGUGGGUUCACCUUAUUUCCUGAAACGUCAUUAUGGCGUCGGCUACACACUUGUAGUCGUUAAGGACGAUGACUUCGACUUCGAAGAAUGCACUGCACUUAUAAAUAGAUACAUUCCAGAUACUGUUGUCAAAGAAGACCGUGGUACGGAAAUUACUUAUAAUUUAAUCAAUGAUUAUUCAUACGCUUUCGAAGAAAUGCUAAACGAUUUGGAAAGGAAUAUGGAAACGAUAAAAUUCAAAAACUAUGGUUUAAUUGCUACCACUUUGGAGGAUGUGUUUAUGUCAGUCGGUUCGGACUUGGCACCUGUAAAUAAUUCAGACAAUGAUGACGCUAUUACGACUACGACGGACUCCACCAUUGACGACAUUUUAAAACAUGAACUUGAUUCGUCUUUAGAAGAAUUGGAUAGAGACGAAAGCAGUGUGACCGGUUUCCGAUUACUAUGUCAGCAAGUAUUAGCAGUGUGGAUGAAGAAGGGACUGAUACUGAUUCGUUCACCCUGGUUAAUGAUCCUGCAGUUCUGUGCUCCCAUCGUACUAAUCAAUGCCACGCUUGGAGUUAUGAGAUACGUAAUGGCCUUAACCCCAACUAUAAAAACAAGAUUUUUAUCAUUGGCUGAAGGAUUCACAAGUACAGAAACUCUGUUAAGUUUCAACGGUACAUUAGGGUCAUCUGUCGGCGCUAUCGUGGCAACAGCCUAUGAGGUGUUGUUCGCAGCCUCAGACGUGGCGAACAUGGGCUUGACUCGUAUUGGAAACCAACCUAUGGAGCAGUAUUAUCUAAAUAGGACAAUGGAUCCAGUGAUGUUGGGGCAAUUGCGUCACCAGAUCCUGAUUGGCUCUACAUUCGACGACAACAAUGCGACAGCUUGGUUCAGUAACUUUGGUUACCACGAUGUCGCUAUAUCCCUGGCUACCCUCCACUCGGCUAUUCUUAGAGCAUUCAACUCCAGUGCCCAGCUCAACGUUUACAAUCAUCCAUUGGAAGCUACUUAUAGUGACCAGACGGACAUGCAGAUGAUGAUUGCCAUGCUCUCUAUGCAGCUGUCUUCUGGUAUCGGCAGCAGCGUCAGUAUCGUUAGCGCUGUAUUCAUCAUGUUCUUUAUUAGGGAGCGCACAUCUGGCGCAAAGCUCUUACAGAAGGCCGCGGGAGUAAAACCAGCUGUGCUGUGGGGUAGUGCUGCUGUCUUCAACUGGUCGUGGUUCCUGAUCACUUGUAUCUCAAUUGUAGUCACCUGUGCCGCCUUCCAAGUUAUCGGGCUAUCUACUUUUCAGGAAUUGGGUCGAAUGUACUUGUGCGUAAUGCUGUAUGGUGCUGCAAUGUUACCGCUGGUGUACAUUGUGUCGUAUGCGUUCAAUGGCCCUGCUGUUGGCUUCGUCGGCUACUACUUUAUGAACGUAAUUUUCGGUAUGAUGGGUGCACAAGUGGUGGAAGCGCUAUCCUCUCCUCAGCUUGACACUGCAACCGCCGCUAAUAUACUCGACUACAUAUUACAGUUCUUCCCGCUUUACAGUUUAAUUACUGCGAUCAGAUUUUUGAACCAAGUUGGACUGCGCGAAUACACUUGUCUUCAAAUGUGCGAGUACGUACAAGCAGUGACUCCUAGUUUUCAGUGCACGAUGGAAAAUUUAUGUACACGUUACGAAGAAUGCUGUGUCGAGCCGAAUGCUUACUUCAAUUGGAGUCAGCCAGGCAUAUCUCGAUACUUGACAUGUAUGAUUGUAUCGUGCAUCUUGUUCUGGACUAUUCUCAUGAUCAUCGAGUACAGAGUCUUCCAGAAGUUAUGUACGAUUAAGAAGACCCCACCGCCACUAGACGAGAGUAUAAUGGACCAGGACGUUCGAAACGAGGCGCAGCGCGCGCGCAGCGUGCUGCCUUCGCAACGUUCCGAGCAUGCGCUGAUCGCCAAUGGUCUCUCCAAGUACUAUAAAAAACACCUUGCCGUAAACCAAAUCUCAUUUGGCGUUAACGACGGCGAAUGUUUCGGUUUAUUGGGUGUGAACGGUGCCGGUAAGACCACCACCUUUAAGAUGUUAAUGGGGGACGAGUCUAUCUCAAGCGGCGAAGCGUUUGUUAGUGGACAUUCUGUGGAGAAAAGUCUUGGCAAAGUACACCAGAAUAUCGGUUACUGUCCCCAGUUCGAUGCUUUGUUUGGUGAACUCACGGGUCGUGAGACGCUGCAUAUGUUUGCUAUGAUGAAGGGUCUGCGUCUACGCAGUGCUGCACCAACUGCUGAAACAUUGGCACAUGCACUCGGUUUCCUCAAACAUCUUGACAAAAGGGUAAAUCAAUAUUCAGGAGGAACGAAAAGAAAGUUGAACACGGCAAUAGCAUUCUUGGGUCGAACACGUCUUGUGUUCGUAGAUGAGCCAACCACUGGAGUAGAUCCUGCCGCUAAACGACAUGUAUGGCGAGCAACGCGUGGCGUACAACGUGCUGGCCGCGGCGUAGUGCUGACGUCACACAGUAUGGAGGAGUGCGAAGCUCUUUGCUCACGGCUCACUAUCAUGGUCAACGGAAAAUUCCAGUGUUUCGGCACACCACAACAUCUUAAGAACAAAUUUUCCGAAGGAUUCACGUUAAUUAUUAAAUUGAAAAUGGAAGACAGAGACAAUGACACUGCUUCGAUACACAGCUCACGUAGUGUAGUGGACGCCGUCAAAGAAUUCAUUACUCAAAAUUUCCGGAAUCCACGUAUCAUGGAGCAAUACCAAGGUCUCCUGACAUACUACCUUCCAGACCGUAGCAUGGCGUGGUCACGGAUGUUCGGCAUCAUGGAGCGCGCUAAGAGGGACUUGGAGAUCGAAGACUACAGUAUCUCACAGACCACACUAGAACAAAUAUUCCUACAGUUUACCAAGUACCAGCGACAAGCAUACGAAUUACUAUAG